AUGGGAAUGCUUAUGGGCGGAACUGUCGGUGGCAUCAUGGGAUUUAUCUACGGAGCGGUCACGAUCUUCCAGUAUGGCGCAGGUCAAGCUGGUGUGAUGCGAACCCUUGGGAAGUACAUGCUUGGGUCAGGAGCCACAUUCAGUGUUUUCAUGGGCAUCGGCAGUGUCAUUCGCACAGAUUCACCUCGAAUGGCCUCUUCCUUAUGGGCGCGCUCACAGUAUCCACCACUUAUUCAUCCCAGACGAGACCGGCCUCAGACCUCCCGGUGA